GCCGGAGGACAGCUUCCUGGAGCCUUCCUGGGCUCUGAAGCCCCACUUUGUUUGGGGGAUGGUGUACAGAGCAGGGACCAGAGAAACAGUUGACACAACCUCCCACCCCCAGGAGUCAGCCUCACACUUCUGUUCUCCAUACCCAAGGCACAUUUGCUAGAAUGGCGUUUCCUUGCAAAUCUGAAUGGCUUUUGUGGAGGGCAUGGGCUUCUGAGGGUCAUCCUAAUGGGGCAGAAUCCCCGCUUGCUGCCUGAAACCAGCCCGUCCCCAGGUCACUGUCCUGAGACUGUAGGUUUUCCAGGCUUUUACAGAGACAUUGAAGGGCAGGCUGACCAGCAAAGACCUCCUGGUAACUCAGGAGGAAUAAAUGCAGCCAUUAAAUAAAUAUAGACCACAGUGGUCCUGAAGCAGCCCAGAGGAGGGAGUCUUGGUUAUUGAGCAGGCUAUCCAGAGUACAUGUCCUUCAAGAAGGGACUAGGAGAGUCAGUGAGUCCAGAGUCCUACUUCAGUCAUGGGCGUGAAGUGGGCAAGUGACCGUUCAGCAUCAGCAGUGUUCCAGUCCUGUCUGAGACAGAGGGUGGGGCAGAGGUGGACAGGAUGGCCUCUGGUGCUUUGCUGCAUGAUCACAUAUAGCCUGCCUGUCUUGUCUUCCUGUGGCUUGGGGAACUGAGUUUGGCCUCCAUCCUUUACCAGAGCCGACAUCUCCACAAGUGUGACAGCUGCUUCCCAACCCCUCCUAGACCCUCCACCUCCCAGGUCCUGCUGUCUGCUGCUUCCUUCCUGGUUAACUACUGCUAUAGUGCUCUAACUCCCUCAUAGUUGGGCCACACUCCCAUCUCGGGCUAUUGUUGCUGUCUUCCAAGUCUGGAGUGGUGCCCACACUUCUCUCACACAAUCACCUUAUCUUUGGGCAGCAGCAGCGUCCAUGGAGCAAAAGGAAUGUCAGGACCCUGUGCAUCCAGACAGGGACCAGCCUCAGCACCAACAGCCAACACAAAGAUAACAGAGCCAUCUCAGGGUUAAACCAUGAUUCCGGUGACAGAGCUCCGCUACUUUGCGGACACACAGCCAGCAUACCGGAUCCUGAAGCCAUGGUGGGAUGUGUUCACGGACUACAUCUCCAUUGUCAUGCUGAUGAUUGCUGUCUUUGGAGGGACACUGCAAGUCACCCAGGACAAGAUGAUCUGCCUGCCUUGUAAGUGGGUCACCAAAGACUCCUGCAAUGACUCCUUCCGGGGCUGGGCAGCCUCCAACCCAGAGCCCACUUAUCCCAACUCCACAGUCCUGCCGACUCCUGACACAGGCCCCACAGGUAUCAAGUAUGACCUGGACCGGCACCAGUACAACUAUGUGGAUGCAGUGUGUUACGAGAACCGCCUGCAUUGGUUUGCCAAGUACUUCCCCUACCUCGUGCUCCUGCACACCCUCAUCUUCCUGGCCUGCAGCAACUUCUGGUUCAAGUUUCCACGCACCAGUUCAAAGCUGGAGCACUUCGUGUCUAUCCUGCUCAAGUGCUUCGACUCACCGUGGACCACACGGGCCCUGUCAGAGACAGUGGUGGAGGAGAGUGACCCCAAGCCAGCCUUCAGCAAGAUGAACGGUUCCAUGGACAAGAAGUCAUCUACAGUCAGCGAGGAUGUGGAGGCCACUGUGCCCAUGCUGCAGCGGACCAAGUCACGGAUUGAGCAGGGCAUCGUGGACCGAUCAGAGACGGGCGUGCUGGACAAGAAGGAAGGGGAACAGGCAAAGGCGCUGUUUGAGAAGGUGAAGAAGUUCCGGACCCACGUGGAGGAGGGGGACAUUGUGUACCGCCUCUAUAUGCGGCAGACCAUCAUCAAGGUGAUCAAGUUCGUCCUCAUCAUCUGCUAUACCGUCUAUUACGUGCACAACAUCAAGUUCGAUGUGGACUGCACCGUGGACAUCGAGAGCCUGACAGGCUACCGCACCUACCGCUGUGCCCACCCUCUGGCCACGCUCUUCAAGAUCUUGGCGUCCUUCUACAUCAGCUUGGUCAUCUUCUAUGGCCUCAUCUGCAUGUACACACUGUGGUGGAUGCUGCGGCGCUCCCUCAAGAAGUACUCGUUUGAGUCGAUCCGAGAGGAGAGCAGCUACAGUGACAUCCCAGAUGUCAAGAACGACUUUGCCUUCAUGUUGCACCUCAUAGACCAGUAUGACCCUCUCUACUCAAAGCGCUUCGCCGUCUUCCUGUCUGAGGUGAGUGAAAACAAGCUGCGCCAGCUGAACCUCAACAACGAGUGGACGCUGGACAAGCUGCGCCAGCGCCUCACCAAGAACGCCCAGGACAAGCUGGAGCUGCACCUCUUUAUGCUCAGUGGCAUCCCAGACACUGUGUUUGACCUGGUUGAGUUAGAGGUCCUGAAGCUGGAACUGAUACCCGAUGUGACCAUCCCGCCCAGCAUUGCCCAGCUCACAGGCCUCAAGGAGCUGUGGCUGUACCACACAGCAGCCAAGAUCGAGGCUCCUGCCCUGGCCUUCCUGCGGGAGAACCUGCGGGCCCUGCACAUCAAGUUCACGGACAUCAAGGAGAUCCCGCUGUGGAUCUACAGCCUGAAGACGCUGGAGGAGCUGCACCUGACAGGCAACCUGAGUGCAGAGAACAACCGCUAUAUCGUCAUUGACGGGCUGCGGGAGCUCAAACGCCUCAAGGUGCUGCGGCUCAAAAGCAACCUGAGCAAGCUGCCGCAGGUGGUCACGGAUGUGGGUGUGCACCUGCAGAAGCUGUCCAUCAACAAUGAGGGCACCAAGCUCAUUGUCCUAAACAGCCUCAAGAAGAUGGUUAACCUGACGGAGCUAGAGCUGAUCCGCUGUGACCUGGAGCGCAUCCCUCACUCUAUCUUUAGCCUCCACAACCUGCAGGAGAUUGACCUGAAGGACAACAACCUCAAGACCAUUGAGGAGAUCAUCAGCUUCCAGCAUCUGCACCGCCUCACCUGCCUUAAGCUGUGGUACAACCACAUCGCCUACAUCCCCAUCCAGAUCGGCAACCUCACCAACCUCGAGCGCCUCUACCUGAACCGCAACAAAAUCGAGAAAAUCCCCACCCAGCUCUUCUACUGCCGCAAGCUGCGCUACCUGGACCUCAGCCACAACAACCUGACCUUCCUCCCCGCCGACAUCGGCCUCCUGCAGAACCUCCAGAACCUGGCCGUCACAGCCAACAGGAUCGAGGCGCUCCCCCCAGAGCUCUUCCAGUGUCGGAAGCUGCGGGCUCUGCACCUGGGCAACAAUGUACUGCAGUCGCUGCCCUCGAGAGUGGGUGAGCUGACCAACCUGACACAGAUCGAGCUUCGGGGCAACCGGCUGGAAUGUCUGCCCGUGGAGCUGGGAGAGUGCCCCCUGCUCAAGCGCAGUGGUCUGGUGGUGGAGGAGGACCUGUUCAGCACACUGCCACCUGAGGUGAAGGAACGGCUCUGGAGAGCUGACAAGGAGCAGGCCUGAGCACAGCCUGGAGCAGCAGCAAAGAGCCUCAGCACACCCUCAGGCCUGAUGGGCAGCCCGGCUCUCCCAGGACUGCGACAGCCAGCUGGGUCCAGCCAGACCAGAAAACAGGGACUGAGGGGCUGGUCCCUUUUCUCCCGCUGGGACAUGUACACCCAGGACAGGCACUUGCUGGAGACCAGAACCUCUGAGACUAGUCUCAGAGUGCAGUAUUUGGACAAUCAGGGUCUUCACACUGGAGGCCAUCUCUGCCUCAGAGGCCGAGCCAGCACCGGAGGCCCAGGAACAGUAACUUAGAUCUGGGUAUUUAUUUUUGCCACUUCCCAUCUUUUCCCUCCAGAUAACUUACACAUUCCCAAGAAGGUCCAGCUCUGUGGGAAGUGUUUAGCGCCCUGGCAGUGAUCACCUUUUUCUUUGUAGGUGAUGCUGACAGAAUCAAGUGCCCACCCAGACUUGGGCAGAGUUGGGUAGGGUGAGCGAGCCGCAGGACGAUUGCCUUAUUGGCACUGGGCUAGGCUCUGACAGCAAAGCUUGUGGGAGACCAGGCCUCCAGGUGGAAGGGUCAGGCCUAGGGCUUGCCCCAUCAGGUUUUGAAGCAAUUUUAGAUUUUUUUUUUUAAAGUGAGUUUUUUUUGUUUGUUUGUUUGGUUGGGCUUUUUUUUU